AUGGGCAGGCCCCGACGUAUCGGCAUUGUGGGAUACGGUCAUCUUGGAGAGUUCCUGGUUGGGGAAAUCACUCGGAGUUCAGAGCUGGAGUUGGCCUUCGUAUGGAAUAGGUCCUCUGACAAGGUCGAAGCUGCUAUACGUGAUGGGAGACUCUCAGCUGAGUGUGCAUUGGCAAAUCUCGGUGAUUUCGCUGAACGAAAGGCAGACUUGAUCGCUGAAGUUUGUCAUCCGGAUGUCGCCAAGGAAUGGUGCUGUACUUUUCUUUCAUCAGCUGACGUAUAUAUCGGCUCUCCUACUGCCUUCGCAGAUGAAGAUUUCGAGCAGGCAGUGCGCGCCACAACUGUCAAGGAGAGUCAUUCGGUUUACGUUUCCGUGGGAGCUCUGUGGGGAGCAGAGGAUAUCCGCAGAAUGGAUGCUAAAGGUACACUGAAAGGGGUAACUGUAACGAUGAAGAAACACCCAAAAAGUCUCAAAUUGAAUGGGCCAUUGAUGGAUAGGAUGAUGACGUUAAUGGAUGGGGGAGAGGAUUGUGGUGGAGAUGUAGUACUUUAUGAAGGCGACGUUCGAUCGAUAUGUCCGUUGGCUCCCAACAACGUGAAUACCAUGGCAUGUGCUGCGAUCGCCGCUCCAUCUCUCGGCUUCUCCAAAGUCAAGGCACGACUGGUUGCCAACUCGUCCUUGACUGACCGUCACAUAGUCGUCGUUGACGUUGAAGGCCCUUUCGAUGAUCAGCUUGGGUGUGCAUUCAAGGUUCAUACUGAGCGAAGCAAUCCAGCUGCCGUGGGUGCCGUAACGGGGAAGCAGACGUAUAACGCUUUCUUGGCCUCGCUACUGAAUGCUGAAGGAAAAGAGCCAGGUGUACAUCUUAGUUGAUCAACCGUCAUGGAGUUUGUCAGUCUGACGUU